CCGGAAUAAGGAGCAGGUGCCAUGGGGCUCUGGAGGCGACUGGUCUUCUCCUUGUUGCUGCUGCUGCUACUGCGGGGCCUGGGGCAGUCGCCAUGGGUGGCGGCGGCGGCCCCGGCCCUGCGCUGGCUCCUGGGCGACCCUGCCUGCGGCGCGCUUCUCGGCCUGGCCGUGCUGGCAGGGCCCUGGCUGGGUCUCUGGACGCCGCACUGGCUGAGCCUGGCGGCCACGGCCCUACUACUGACCCUGCUGCCCGCACGGCCGCCACCCGGGCUCCGCUGGCUGCCGGCCGACCUGGCCUACACCUUCCGGAUGCUCCGCCUGGGCCUUCGCACAUGGGCGCGCUUGCGGCGCCGACCGCCGGACACCUUCGUGGAUGCCUUUGAGCGGCACGCGCGGGCCCAGCCGGGCCGCACGAUCCUAGUGUGCACCGGGCCGGGGGGCCGCGCGGUCACCUUCCGGGAGCUGGACGCCAGGGCCUGCCAGGCGGCCUGGGCCCUGAAGGCCGAGCUGGCCAGCACCGUGGGCCUGCGCGCCCGGGAGCCCACAGCCCUGCUGGUGCUGCCCUCACAGACGCUCCCCGCCCUGAGCCUGUGGCUGGGGCUGGCCAAGCUGGGCUGCCCGGUGGUCUGGAUCAACCCUCACGGCCGCGGGCCGCCACUGGUGCACGCGGUGCUGAGCUCCGGGGCCCGCGUGCUGGUGGUGGACCCAGAGCUCCGGGCGAAUCUGGAGGAGGUCCUGCCCAAGCUGCAGGCGGAGAAGGUCCACUGCCUCUACCUGGGCCGCAGCUCCCCCACGCCCGGGGUGGGGGCCCUGGGCGCCGCCCUGGCCGCCGCCCCCUCAGACCCCGUGCCCGCCGACUUGCGGGCGGACAUCAAGCUUCGAAGCCCAGCCCUGUUCAUCUACACCUCGGGAACCACCGGGCUCCCCAAGCCCGCCAUCCUCACCUACGAGCGGGUGCUGCAGGUAGCAGGGAUGCUGACUCUGUGUGGGGUCACAGCCGAUGACGUGGUCUACACAGUCCUGCCUUUGUACCACACCAUGGGGCUUGUCCUUGGAGUCCUCAGUUGCCUGGACCUUGGGGUGACCUGUGUCCUGGCCCCCAAGUUCUCUGCCUCUGGCUUCUGGGACGACUGUCGGCAGCAUGGUGUGACUGUGAUCCAGUAUGUGGGUGAGAUCCUGCGGUACCUGUGCAACACACCCCAGCGGCCAGAGGACCGGACACAUAAAGUCCGCCUGGCGAUUGGCAAUGGACUCCGGGCAGAAGUGUGGGAGACCUUCCAGCGGCGCUUCGGCCCCAUUCGGAUCUGGGAGAUGUAUGGCUCCACCGAGGGCAACGUCGGCUUCAUCAACUAUCCAGGGCGCUGCGGGGCCCAGGGCAAGACCAGCUGCUUCCUCCAAAUGCUGUCCCCCUUCGAGCUGGUGCAGUACAGCCUGGAGACCGAGGAGCCUCUGAGGGACAGUCAGGGACUCUGCAUCCCUGCAAGGCCAGGGGAGGCAGGACUCCUGCUGACCCAGGUGUUGCGUCACCAACCUUUCCUGGGCUACCGCGGGCCCCGGGAGUUGUCAGAAAAGAAGCUGGUGAAGAACGUGCGGCGGACAAACGACCUUUACUACAACACCGGGGACGUGCUGGCCAUGGACCACGAAGGCUUUCUCUACUUCCGCGACCGCCUCGGGGACACCUUCCGGUGGAAGGGUGAGAACGUGUCCACGCGGGAAGUGGAGGGCGUGCUGUCAGUCGUGGACUUCUUGCAGGAGGUGAACGUGUACGGUGUGCCUGUGCCAGGGUGUGAGGGCAAAGUGGGCAUGGCCGCUGUGCAGCUGGUGCCCGGCCAGGCCUUCGACGGGCAGAGGCUGUACCAGCACGUGCGCACUUCGCUCCCAGCCUACGCUGCUCCCCAUUUCAUUCGAAUCCAGGACGCCUUGGAGAUCACAGGCACGUUCAAACUGGUGAAGUCCCGGUUGGUGCGCGAGGGCUUCAACGUGAGUGUCGUAGCUGACCCCCUGUUCGUGCUGGACAACGAGGCCCAAGCCUUCCGGCCCCUGACUCCAGACAUAUACCGGGCAGUGUGUGAGGGAGCCUGGAGACUCUGACCUCCCAUCAGCUCACAGGACAUCCGAAGGCGCUUCAUCCAACGCUGGUCCCCGCCUCCGCUUGUCCCCUCACCUACUCCCCAGACCCGAUGAGCCUGGCCUUAUCCCCAGCUUCACAAGCUGGGGUGACCCUGGCCCGCAGCAGAGUGAGAAUAAACCCAGAUGUGUACACGGA